UGACAGAAAUGGCGACAACGGAGGGAGUGAUUGGAGGUUACUUUGAAGGAAUACAUUACUCACAUCAGCCAUAUUUUGACAACUCAACUCAGAGAGAGAUUACAACCACUAUAGGACAGACUGCUCACCUGCCAUGUCGUGUUAGGAAUCUUGCCGAUAGAGCGGUGUCAUGGAUAAGAAAACGCGACCUUCACAUCCUGACAGUUGGUGUUCUAACCUAUACAAAUGAUGCGAGGUUCCAAUCGCUGCACUCGGAUGGUACGGAAGAGUGGACUCUUAAGAUCAGCUCCACGCAGCUCAGAGACUCAGGCACUUACGAGUGUCAAGUGUCAACCGAGCCUAAGAUAUCGCUAGCAUUCAGGCUCAACGUUGUCGUGUCACGUGCUCAUAUCUUGGGUAGCGGAGAGUUAUAUGUGAAAAGAGGAAGUCAUAUUAACCUUACAUGUCUAGUGGUUGAAACAGCUGAAGCACCUUCCUUCAUAUACUGGUACAGAGAAGGCGAGGUUGUAAACUAUUCUCAACGAGGUGGCAUCUCAGUGUUGACUGAGAAGAAAUCGCGUAGCAGUCGACUUCUGAUAUCAAGGGCAGAGCCCCCCGACUCUGGCAAUUACACUUGCAUACCUUCAGCCAGCGACUCAGCCUCUGUUCUAGUGCAUGUGCUCAAUGGGGAACAACCAGCAGCAAUGCAGCAUGGUAAUAGCAGUAGAGGCGCUGUUGCCAGACUUCUGCCCACACUUUUGCUGGUGUGCCAACUCGUGCGAGAUGCGACAAUGUCCUACACACACUCCAUCCUCCGGUGAUCUAUUUCUAUCAAAAUCGUUGAGGAAAUCGUCAAAAUUCUUUGAGGAAAUCAUCCAAAAUCAUCUUUGAGGGAGUCAUCAAACAUUCGUUAUUAAAUUGAAUCAAAAUAUCCAAGUUAAUUUGGAAAAUAUAUUAUGUACAUAAAUAUAAUGAUUAUUCUGUAUUCUUUGUGAGAUACUUUUACCAAUUCUCAAAAAAAAAUUCCUGAUCUGAUCUGUAAAUUUAAUUACAAUGAUGUGAAUAAUAUAAAGGUUGUGAUAACACAUAUAAUUCUAGUUAAAAAGUAAAGAAUAACUUUUUAAUUGAA